GCAGACAUGUCCAUAGCACUCAAGCAAGUCUUUAAUAAAGAUAAGACUUUCCGCCCAAAACGCAAGUUUGAACCUGGAACCCAGAGGUUUGAACUUCACAAACGAGCACAGGCCUCUCUGAACUCAGGCGUGGACUUGAAAGCGGCUGUGCAGUUGCCCAGUGGAGAAGACCAAAAUGACUGGGUGGCUGUCCAUGUUGUUGACUUCUUCAAUAGGAUCAACCUCAUUUAUGGAACUAUCUGUGAGUUCUGCACAGAGAGGACCUGCCCAGUGAUGUCUGGAGGCCCUAAGUAUGAGUACCGGUGGCAGGACGAUAUGAAGUACAAGAAGCCCACAGCGUUGCCAGCACCCCAAUAUAUGAAUCUUCUCAUGGACUGGAUCGAGGUGCAAAUCAACAAUGAGGAUAUAUUUCCUACAAGUGUAGGUGUUCCCUUUCCAAAGAACUUCCUUCAGAUCUGCAAGAAGAUACUCUGCCGGCUUUUUCGGGUGUUUGUUCACGUCUACAUCCAUCACUUUGACCGUAUCAUCCUUAUGGGGGCUGAGGCCCACGUCAAUACCUGUUACAAGCAUUUUUAUUACUUUGUGACAGAGCUCAACCUCAUAGACCGCAAAGAACUAGAGCCUUUGGUUUCAUCCUCCCCGCAGCAGCAAUACAAGGAGGAUACGGAGUACUCCUCCAGUUUGCAUUUUCUGGAUUACUCCAAAGUAGCGCUACCUGGAGAUUAUUUGGAAGAGGAGAACGAAGAUGAUGAUGAUGAUGAUGAUAAAAAAACCACUAAUGUUGAAAAACGCCCUGCAAAAUUCAUCUCCACCGAAGGAGUGGAAGAGGAGAGUUCUCAGGAAGAGCAGGCACUAGAAUCCAGAUUUGGACCCCAUUACCAUACCACUCUCACACAGAGCCACAGUGAAGAACCACCUUUGGAUGGUACGGUAGAGGACUCAGCAAAAGAUUAA